CGCAUUCCUGCUGGAGCGGAAAACCAGUAAAUUUGCACCCUGUGGUCCAUGGGGUUGAUCCCAGGAGAGGGUACAACCACGGAAAAAAGUUCACUGCCACAGAUGUCUGCUCGACAAAUCUGCAUGCUAAGUGUUCAACCCGGGGUUCUGCGAACGGCAGGACAACCAGGUUAUCGACAUGUGGAAGCCACUUUGAAGAGUCCAUACCUCAGAACCAGAUUUUGGGGCAAAACAUCUUAAACCAAAAACCACCAGUAGUCGGACCACGAGAGCCGAAAUUGGGUAUCCCGCCUUAUCGACCACCAGCGUCGAGUUGCACGCAGGCCUCAAUACAAU